GUCCGCGUUUGUGAAGACACGAGGGGGCUGCGCCACCACCACUCAUCCAUUCAUCUGUUUCAACCCCAAAUCCCCCCGUGGUCCUCCACUCAGCACCUUGGUCCACAGUCAGUUCCCUCUGCCAUUACUUUCAUCACCAGCUGUAUUAAUAUGACCAGGAUUCUUCGGGCCUACAGCGCUGUUAAACCCCUCAGACAUGUGUGUGUGUUCGGCAGAAGACUGGCAGACACGCCGCCCUGCCUGAGGCUCCAAGCUGCUAAACUUUAUAGUGCCAAGGCCCAGACAGCCCACCUGGUCUUGGAGGAUGGAACCCGGAUGAAAGGGUUCUCCUUUGGGCACCAUGUGUCAGUUGCAGGGGAGCUCGUCUUCAAUACCGGCCUGGUGGGGUAUCCCGAGGCCCUGACUGACCCCAGCUACAGAGGUCAGAUCCUGACCCUGACGUACCCAAUAGUAGGGAACUAUGGCGUACCCAACACCCAGGAGCUGGAUGAGCUGGGCCUGAGGAAGCAUGCGGAGUCAGAUCGCAUCCAGGUAUCCGGUCUCCUGGUUCAAGACUACAGCCCAGAGUACAGCCACUGGAACUCUGUCAAGUCUUUGGGUCAGUGGCUACAAGAAGAAAAGGUUCCUGCACUGUUUGGGAUCGACACCAGAAUGUUGACCAAAGUUAUCAGAGACAAGGGCACAGUUCUGGGAAAGAUUGAAUUUGACGGACAGCCUGUUGAGAUAUCGGACCCCAACCAGAAGAACCUGGUGGCAGAGGUCUCAACCAAGGAAACCAAAGUUUUUGGAAAAGGAAACCCAAUCAAAGUUGUGGCUGUAGAUUGUGGCAUUAAACAUAACAUCAUCCGCCUGCUGGUUAAGAGGGGUGCAGAGGUCCAUCUUGUACCAUGGGACCAAGACUUGAUGAGUCUAAACUACGAUGGUCUGUUCAUCUCCAACGGACCAGGAGACCCAUCUCUGGCCAAGACGCUCAUCCAGAAUGUCAGCAAGGUGCUGGAAAGUGAUCGUCCCCAGCCAGUGUUUGGUAUCUGCAUGGGAAACCAAAUCACUGCUCUGGCUGCAGGAGCUACAUCAUAUAAACUGCCUAUGGGAAACAGAGGCCAGAACCAGCCAGUGCUGAAUGUGAUGACGGGCCAGGCCUUCAUCACGGCACAGAACCACGGCUACGGCAUAGACAUCGAGUCCUUGCCCCCGGGAUGGAGCCCGCUGUUUGUUAACGCCAAUGAUGGCACCAAUGAGGGCAUCAUGCACAACACUAAGCCUGUUUUCACGGCUCAGUUCCACCCGGAGGCUAAAGGGGGCCCCACAGACACAGAGUUCCUCUUUGAUACCUUCAUAUCCUUGAUCGAGAAAGGAAAGGACGCUAACCUGGUGUCAGUCAUGCCCAAGAAACCCCACACACCCCCGAGAGCCCAGGUGUCGAAGGUGCUGGUGCUGGGCUCUGGAGGUCUGUCCAUCGGUCAGGCUGGAGAGUUUGACUACUCUGGAUCUCAGGCCGUUAAAGCCAUGAAGGAGGAGAAUCUGAAGACGGUGCUCAUGAACCCAAACAUAGCCUCAGUUCAGACCAACGAGGUGGGAACCAAACAGGCCGACUCGGUCUACUUCCUGCCCGUCACGCCACAAUUCGUAACUGAGGUAAUCAAGACAGAGCGUCCGGAUGGCAUCCUGCUCUCUAUGGGUGGACAGACUGCGCUCAACUGUGGAGUAGAGUUGUUCCAGCGUGGCGUCCUGGAGAAGUACGGGGUGAAGGUCCUCGGAACCCCGGUGGAGUCCAUCAUGGCCACAGAGGACAGACAGCUUUUUGCUGACAAACUGAUGGAAAUCAAUGAGAAGAUCGCACCCAGUUUCGCUGUAGAGUCGGUGACUGAUGCGUUGAAGGCAGCAGAGCGGAUUGGUUACCCAGUGAUGUUACGAUCGGCCUAUGCCCUUGGAGGUCUGGGCUCUGGUCUCUGUGCCAACAAAGACAUCCUCGACGAAACCGCCCACAAGGCUCUGGCCAUGAGCAGUCAGAUCCUGGUGGAGAAGUCUCUGCUGGGCUGGAAGGAGGUGGAAUAUGAGGUGGUGCGAGACGUGGCUGAUAACUGCGUCACUGUGUGCAACAUGGAGAACUUUGACCCACUGGGCAUUCACACAGGCGACUCUAUAGUAGUAGCACCGAGCCAGACGCUGUCCAACGAGGAGUACCACAUGCUCCGUGAGACGGCCAUCAAGGUUGUCCGUCACCUUGGCAUUGUAGGUGAAUGCAACAUCCAGUACGCCCUCCACCCUUCAUCCCUGGAAUACUGCAUUAUUGAGGUGAACGCACGGCUCUCCAGGAGCUCGGCUCUGGCCUCCAAAGCCACUGGGUACCCGUUAGCAUUUGUAGCUGCUAAGCUGGCUCUGGGAAUCCCCCUACCAGAGAUCAAGAAUGCCGUAUCGGAGAAGACCACUGCCUGCUUUGAACCCAGUCUGGACUACAUCGUCACUAAGAUCCCCCGCUGGGACUUGGACCGCUUUCAGGGCAUGUCCAGUGAAAUAGGCAGCGCCAUGAAGAGUGUCGGAGAGGUGAUGGCAGUGGGCCGGACCUUUGAGGAGAGUGUGCAGAAAGCCCUGCGGAUGUGUCAUCCAUCAGUAGAUGGCUUCAUGCCCCGCCUGCCACUCAGGAAAGCCUGGGCUGACACCCAGGACUUGCAGCAGGAGCUGGCUGUGCCCUCCAGCACCCGCAUCUUCUCCCUCGCCAAGGCUCUCCACAGUGGUACGACUGUGGAUCAGAUCCACCAGCUGACGGCCAUUGACAAGUGGUUCCUUCACAAACUCCACAGGAUAACACAGCUGGAGCAGCACCUGGCAAACUACAAGAGUAGCACAGUACCUAAAGACCUGCUGCUAAAGGCAAAGCAGGACGGCUUCUCAGACCGGCAGGUUGGUCAGCUUCUGGGCUCCAGUGAGAGAGCGGCCAGAGAACUGAGGCUCACUCACGGGAUCAGACCGUGGGUCAAACAGAUCGACACCUUGGCGGCAGAAUAUCCAGCUAUGACCAACUACCUGUAUUGUACAUAUCAUGGUCAGGAGCAUGAUCUGGACUUUAAAGACCAGGGAAUCAUGGUACUUGGUUGUGGCCCGUACCACAUCGGGAGCAGCGUUGAGUUCGACUGGUGUGCGGUGUCCAGCAUCAGGGCCUUGAGACAGAUGGGGAAGAAGACGGUGGUGGUGAACCACAACCCUGAGACCGUCAGCACCGACUUUGAUGAAUGUGACCGACUUUAUUUCGAAGAGCUGACGCUGGAGCGCGUCCUGGACAUCAGCCAGCAAGAGGGUUGCUCAGGCAGCAUCGUGUCAGUGGGAGGCCAGAUCCCCAACAAUCUUGCCGUCCCGUUGCACCUGAACGGGGUGAAGAUUCUCGGGACGAGCCCCUUGCAGAUUGACCGGGCUGAGGAGCGCUCCGUCUUCUCCAGUGUCCUCGAUGACCUCGGGGUGGCCCAGGCCCCAUGGAGGGCUCUCAGUUCUCUGGAAGAUGCCUUUUCGUUCGCCAACCAGGUCGGCUAUCCCUGUCUGCUCCGCCCCUCCUACGUCCUCAGUGGGUCUGCCAUGAAUGUUGUGUACGGGGAAGAGGAGAUGAAACGUUUCUUGGAGGAGGCCACUCAGGUGUCCCAGGAGCAUCCAGUGGUCAUUACCAAGUUCGUCCGCGGUGCCAGGGAGGUAGAGGUGGAUGCUGUGGCCAAGGCUGGCAGGGUUCUGUGCCAUGCCAUCACAGAGCAUGUGGAGGAUGCUGGGGUUCACUCAGGAGAUGCCACUCUCAUGCUGCCAACCCAGACCAUUAGCCAGGGGGCGCUAGAAAAGGUGAAAACUGCCACCCGCAAAAUCGCGCAGGCAUUUGAAAUUUCUGGGCCCUUUAAUACUCAAUUUCUGGUUAAAGGCAAUGAUGUCAUGGUGAUAGAGUGUAAUCUGCGGGCGUCACGCUCCUUCCCUUUUGUAUCAAAAACAAUCGGUGUGGACUUUAUCAACGUGGCAACCAAAGUGAUGGUGGGGGAACCUAUGGAUGAGGCUAGCCUGCCCUCGCUGGAGAGACCUAUCAUUCCUGUGGACUACGUGGGCAUCAAGGCGCCCAUGUUCUCCUGGCCGCGGCUGAGGGAUGCAGACCCUGUGCUUCGCUGUGAGAUGGCUUCCACUGGAGAAGUAGCUUGUUUUGGACCAAACAUUUAUUCAGCCUUCCUGAAAGCUAUGCUCUCCACAGGCUUCAAGCUGCCACAGAAGGGCAUCCUGAUUGGAAUUCAGCAUUCGUUCCGACCCAAUUUCCUGGCAACGGCGCACCAACUGAAAGAAGAAGGCUUCAAACUCUAUGCUACUGAAGCUACGUCUGCAUGGCUGUGUGCCAAUGACGUGCCUGCCACUCCAGUAGCCUGGCCCUCGGAGAAGGGAGAAGACAGCAGUUUGCCUAGUAUCAAGAGAGAACAGCCUUCACCCUCUUGUCUCCAAGUUCUGAUCACUUACAGGUUUCUCAUCGUGUCAGUGGGGAUUUGCAUGGUGCCAGUGGAGCAAAUGUGUGCAGAGGAGUUCACAAAGACUGCAAGGCCAUUUGUGAAGUGA